CAGAAAUCGAUAAAGUAGUUUUCUGUAAAACCCAACCUGCAAAAUAAUAAUGGCGUGACAGCUAAAAGACGAAGAUUUUUUGAAAAAAAAUGGUGUAUAACUCCUCGUGGAAGCGACUGUUCGAGCGAGGGGCGCGUUAAGCUUGCGGAGGACCUUCACCUAAUUGAAAAAGGACCGUCGUAUCGCCCCAAAAUGAUUGACAUCCGACGAAACGGCGAGGACGAUGGUAGAAAGUCGCAAAUCACCACCGAUCGUAAUUUACCCCUCGUUUUCGCAAAGCCCGUCCAUACGGAUGUUAUCGAGGGUGUCGAAGGCAUCCAACAGAACUGGCGCAUGAAAGAGCGCAUGAAAACUGUCAGUGUAGCUUUGGUUUUAUGUUUAAACGUUGGUGUAGAUCCACCGGAUGUUGUGAAAACACAACCAUGUGCACGAUUAGAGUGUUGGAUAGAUCCAUCGUCGAUGUCGCCAUCGAAAGCUUUACAAAACAUUGGUGCGAAUCUACAAAAACAAUACGAAAGAUGGCAACCAAGAGCUAGAUAUAAGCAGUCUUUAGACCCUACAUCGGAUGAUAUUAAAAAGUUAUGUUCAUCUUUACGGCGAAAUGCAAAAGAAGAACGAGUGUUGUUUCAUUACAAUGGGCAUGGAGUUCCUAAACCUACUAGUAACGGUGAAAUCUGGGUGUUUAAUAGGCAAUACACCCAAUAUAUUCCAUUAUCAAUAUACGACCUCCAAAAAUGGAUGGGGGCACCAUCAAUUUACGUUUACGACUGCUCAAACGCAGGAAUAAUUGUCGAAUCAUUUAAACAAUUUGCAUCGCAACAUGAAACGGAAACAGAAGCUGCAAUUUCUAAACAGAAACCGGUGUCAGUUAUGGCCCCCUCAUUUAAAAAUUGUAUUCAAUUGGCGGCUUGUAGUGCAAAUCAGGUUCUUCCAAUGAAUCCCUCAUUGCCCGCCGAUUUGUUUACUUCCUGUUUAACGACUCCCAUCAAAGUUGUAUUAAGGUGGUAUGUUUUGCAAUCAAAUUCGAUUUUGGUACCGAAAAUCAACCCGGAUUUAUUGGAUAAAUUUUCUAGCGUUCCUGGUCAAAUAACUGAUCGUAGAACGAUGUUGGGAGAAUUAAAUUGGAUUUUUACCGCAAUUACCGAUACAAUUGCCUGGAAUACACUCCCCAGAGAUUUGUUCCAAAAAUUGUUCCGACAAGAUCUUUUGGUGGCCAGUUUAUUUAGAAAUUUUUUAUUAGCCGAACGAAUAAUGAGAUCAUACGAUUGCACCCCGAUUAGCGACCCCCCUUUACCUCCAACUUAUCAACAUCACAUGUGGCAAACUUGGGACUUAAUGCUCGAUUUAAGCUUACUUCAAUUACGGAAAAUUUUAGACCACAAUGAACCGUACGAGCAUUUACCAUUUUUCGAGGAACAACUACUCGCGUUUGAAGUGUGGUUAAAGCUGGGGAAUCAUUUAGGUUCGGAAAAUAGGAAACCUCCAGAACAAUUACCAAUAGUGCUUCAAGUGCUACUUAGUCAGGUGCAUCGGAUGAAAGCGUUGGAGUUGUUGGGGAAAUUUUUGGAUUUAGGACCGUGGGCGGUUAAUUUGGCGCUUUCUGUUGGUAUAUUUCCGUACGUUUUGAAGUUAUUGCAGAGCAGUGCGAAAGAAUUAAGGCCGUUGUUGGUGUUUAUUUGGGCGAAAAUAUUAGCUGUUGAUGAUUCUUGUCAAUCAGAUUUAGUCAGAGAUAACGGUCACAGAUACUUCAUUGCCGUUUUACAAGAUCUCAACAUUUCCUCUGAAACUCGUAUGCAAGCCGCUUUCGUCCUAGCCUCCAUUGUUAAUAAAAAUCCGGACGGUCAAGAAAUAACCGUUCAAAACAACCUCGUUAGCACCUGUUUAGAGCAAUUGUCCGACCCGAAUCCGAAGCUUCGUCAAUGGCUCGCUUUAUGUUUGGGCAGACUUUGGGAUAAAUUCGAAAAAGCUCGUUGGACGGGCGUCCGGGACACCGCCCACGAAAAGCUUUACACCCUCCUCAGCGAUCGAUGUCCGGAAGUUCGAGCUUCAGCCGUUUAUGCACUCGGCACCUUCAUUAAUUCGGUACAAAAACGCACCGAACAUGCGAAUAACAUCGAUCAUUCAGUUAUAAUGACUUUAAUCAACACUUUAUGUGGGGAUAUGAGUGCCAUUGUUCGGAAAGAACUCGUAGUCGCGAUUCAAUGGAUUGUUUUAGCGUUUGAAAAUACUUUUAUUAAUAUUGCAUCGCAGGAGGCUUCGUUACAUGUAGGUCCUAAAGAGCACACCCCUUUACCUGGGAGGUGGGGAUCAGAAUCGGGGCGAGAUGUUAAAACGGGUUAUGAUGUUACUGAUUGUGCGUUGCUUAGAAUGACUAGAGUGGGAUCGUUAACGGCGAUUAGUUCGAUGGGGAGUAUUUCAUGGUCAAUUUAUACGAAAGUUUGGGCCGGGUUGUGUGCUUUAAAUACGGAUCCACAUCCUGAAGUUGCUAAAAUGGCGAAUACGGUGAUUUGUUAUGUUAGGAAUCAAACAACGAAACCACCACAAUUAAGAGAUUCGGAAAAAAUUGGGGGAAGUGUGAGUUUACCACCAAGUCCAAAUACAAGACCAGUGUAUUUACCCGAAAGUCCACCAACUCUUCAUCCUGAUCAUAGCGGAAAUAGUAGAACCCUCCCAACAGCAAGUAGAAGUCGUUAUCACCCUAACACAAUAAGUGAGCGCGAAGUUAAAGAUUAUACGAAAAAAAUGCUAGUAUCAACCCAGUUCAUUCAAUGGUCUUGUAAACAAUUCGUACAACCAAUGAUGAAACAAUCGCCGUUGGAUGAUGUAGAAUCACGACCAUAUCACGAAAGAGAAUGGAGAUUUAUUCGAAACGAUGCCAUUCGGAAAGAGGCUCAAGAAGAACGUAGAAAAGCAACCGCGGCAAAAAUUGAAACACAAAUUUUUAACGCCCGUAACCCUGGGCAAUGUCCCCCAACUGUUUUACAAUUUCAUCCAUACGAUCAACAUGUUGCUGUUGUUAUUUCUGAUAGUGUAAUUGUGUGGGAUUGGGGAACUGGAGCAAAAUUAUCCUACAGCAACUAUAAAACGUUAAAAAAUCCUUUAACUUACAUAACAUCGUUUGAAUGGGUAAAUUCGGUUGAUGUGAGCUUGAUGAUGUUAGCGGCUAAUGAUGGGAGUGUGAAAAUUUGGAAACCGGCGGUUAAUAAUAAAGAUCCUACGUUAAUUGGGGCGUGGCAGGCUUUUACGGAUGCUUCAAUACCUAAAAAGUUAUAUAUGAAAAUUUUAUUGAUGUGGGAGCAAUAUACCCAAACUGUAAUAACAGCGGGGGAAUCAAAAUUACUUCGUUUAUGGGAUGCGCAUCAAGAAACUCAUUUAUACGAUAUCCCCACCGGAUCGGAGCGAACAAUUCAUUGUAUCGAUUCAACGUAUUCGGGAAUUGCUCACGAACGGGAAUUAUCGCAAGAAAAGGAAUACGAUGAUGAUUUGAUGGAAACGGAAGAAAACGGGCUUGUAAUGAUGGAUACUAAUUACGAUGAAGUUGACACGUUUUUCCCCACGAAGCAAAGUGGUUUAAUUGCGGCGGGGUUUACUGAUGGAUCGGUUAGGAUUUACGAUAGGAGAUGUGGGCCGAAUGAGGCGAAAUUACGGACGUGGAUGGAGCAUGAUUGUACGGUUUUGGGGGUUCAAAUGAGGGAUGAAAAAGUCGUGAUGGGGAGUGCGAAAGGUGAAAUUAAAAUUUUCGACAUUCGAGGACAUGAUAAGCCGUUGAAAUCGAUGCAAAUUGGGCAGCAAAUGUCUGCGUUUGCUAUUCACAGAACGGCCAAUAUUUAUUCGUGUGCAACCGGACAAAACAUCACCCAAUACACAUUAGAUGGUAAUUUAAUUAACACAAUCCGUUCAUCAGAAAGCUUUAUUGGUUAUCGAACUGGUUCGAAUGUUAUGUCGUUAUCGUAUCAUCCUUAUAAAAUGGCUUUAGCUGCUUCCACAGUCGAUGUGGUUUGCGUUUACGCCGCUGAAAACCGGCAGAGAUGACUAUCGUCACUGCCCUAGAGUUUACUCUCGGGCCUCUUCUGUUAUUAUAUGUCUACAACUAGCUAAUGAUUUGAGGCGACUAAAAUGAGAUGAUAAAGUUUUAAAAUUCGGAGCUUCUUUAUGGGUUAAAAAUAAUAUGUAAAUAGGUUAUGUUGUUGUUCGAUUCCUUUUCUCGGAAAGAAUUGUACAUAAAGCGAUUUCUUUUAAUUUAGGGAGAUUCAAUUUUAAUUUAAGCGCCUUAAAAAAAACGAUUAAAUGAUUCUUGUUACUAACUUUGGGAAUAAUGAGAUGCCUUCACGACGUUGUUACAACUUUUAAGUAAUAAUAAUUAAAGAAACGUGAUUAACGAUGACGCUAAAUUGAGAUUGAGUUAAUUUGCUAAAAGUCGAAUUAUUUUCAUAUCAUUUUUUAUUACGGAAACUUAAUAUAAAAAAAUUUUUUAACACCGUUUAAGUAGGUUGACGAUUUUUGUUACUUUUUCUUUGAUUUCAAGUGGAAAUAUCUUACUUAGGAGAAAUAUACAAAUACAACAAAUUGUAGAGUUGGCUUCGAUGCAAUACAUUUGUACGAAAUAA